CCCUGCCCCGUUUCUCCCCUUCCUCCGCGGGUGAGCCAUUGCGAGAGAAGGGUUGUGUGGAAGUGGGGAGGAAAGUAGCGGCGGCGGCCUCGGGCCUGGCUAGAACGGGUAGUGUGUGUAUGAGGCGGAACUAAAACAGCCGGGAGGGAGUUGGGAGAGCGCCUGGGAACCGCCACCUUCUCACCUGGCGUUGCCCUCUCAAAGCGCUUCCGCCGCGGUUGAAGGCGGGGGAGGGGGUGCGGGCUGCCUGCUUGCUGGUGGCUCGCGAAGGUUUUGGGAGGGAUGUAUGUGUGUGCGCGCGCGCGCAGUGUCGUCUCUUCUCCUUCCCCCCCGCCCCUUUCCCACACCCUCCAUGAGACCACCGACUUCUUCCCUCUGCAGUAGAGAAGGCGCGGGUGAUACACCUCCUCUAGCUGGACCUUCUGCGAUCCUGAUUGGAAGAUGAAUAAUCUUUCUUUUAGUGAACUGUGCUGCCUCUUCUGUUGUCCACCAUGUCCAGGGAAAAUAGCAUCCAAACUGGCAUUUUUGCCUCCCGACCCUACUUAUACACUGAUGUGUGAUGAAAGUGGGAGUCGUUGGACUCUACAUCUUUCUGAACGAGCAGACUGGCAGUACUCUUCUCGAGAAAAAGAUGCUAUUGAAUGUUUCAUGACUAGAACCAGCAAAGGUAACAGGAUUGCCUGUAUGUUUGUACGGUGUUCUCCUAAUGCCAAGUAUACCUUGCUGUUCUCUCAUGGGAAUGCUGUUGACUUGGGUCAGAUGAGCAGCUUUUACAUAGGACUUGGUUCACGGAUUAAUUGCAACAUAUUUUCAUAUGAUUAUUCUGGAUAUGGAGCCAGUUCUGGAAAACCAACAGAGAAGAAUUUAUACGCUGACAUCGAUGCUGCUUGGGUAGCUCUUAGAACAAGGUAUGGAAUUCGCCCUGAAAAUGUGAUUAUCUAUGGUCAAAGCAUAGGAACAGUGCCGUCAGUGGAUCUUGCUGCUCGCUAUGAAAGUGCUGCUGUAAUUCUCCAUUCUCCUCUGACCUCAGGAAUGCGAGUAGCUUUCCCUGACACGAAGAAGACCUACUGCUUUGAUGCAUUCCCAAACAUUGACAAGAUCUCUAAAAUAACAUCACCGGUAUUAAUAAUCCAUGGGACUGAAGAUGAAGUGAUUGACUUUUCACAUGGCUUAGCUUUGUAUGAGCGCUGCCAAAGACCCGUGGAACCUCUGUGGGUAGAAGGAGCUGGACACAAUGAUGUUGAGCUUUAUGGACAGUACCUUGAAAGAUUAAAACAAUUUGUAUCACAGGAACUGCUGAACUUGUAAAUUGCUGUAUAUAGUUAUUUGCAGUUGAAUUUUGUUGCAGAAGUGCAGAUCUUGACAGCCACUGCAUAAAACCUGAUGGUUUUGUUUUCAAAUCAGGUCAGUUGCCUUCAUAUGUGUACAGGUGAUGAUUUGUAAACUUAAUUGAUGAAGGUUUUAUUACCAGUAUUAACUGGAACCAACAAAUGAGGGCAGAAAGCUUGUGUUGUUCAUAUAAUUUUGUGCAAGUUUACUUAGGCUACAUUUAAGUCAAUUUGCGCAUUUUUCUUAAGAUGUACAAAAAUCAUAGAAAACAAAGUGACAUUUUAAUUAUGUAAAAUCCAAUACUGUAAAAAGGUGUUGCCAAAUGCUUUAGCAUAUCAAACAAAUUUAUAUACAAUAUUUUUAAAACAUCUCAGAUUGUACUGUGACCUCUUCUGCUGCACAGGUAUAAUUGAAGCAGUUGUACAAUAGCCAUUACAUUUGAAGGAUAAGAAUUAGUAAUUAAAGCAACCACUGGAAUUUAUAGGCCCUGUUAUACAGGGAAAAAGUGAAAAUACGUUUAUCAUCCUUCAUGUCUUAUUCUCAAUGUUUCACUUUUCCUGAAUCAUUAAUAACCACAAAUGCUUAUUUGGCCAUUGUUAGUUUGCAAAACAAAGGCACAGAAUCUUGAUUCUUUUAUAAUCAUGCCUAUUAAUGGGGUUCAUACUAAAGCAACUAAACACAGUGGUUUCUCUGAAACUAGUAAGGGUGGGGGAAAUGUCUUUUUGUGGCCAUUUUGAAAUCAUAUAAAGCAGAUAAGAAAAAUCCUAAUAUUUAUCUGGCAUUUUUGUACAGCAAACAUGCAAAGUUGCAGUUGUCAUUUCUGAUUUUGAUUUGAAUGUUCGUGAGUGUGGGACUAAUUGUUUUUAGUUAUUACAAGAGUUCUACUAAUGUACUUCGUAUAGUGAAAUGAAUGUUGACAACUCAUAGUAAAAUAAGUUGCCUUUUCCCUUGAAUACAUUUUGCUUGAAUAAAAUACAGUAUAAAAUAGAUCUAAAAUGUAGCCUAAUUUGUAAAGAAAGUAAUACUCAAAUACACACUGUGCUUCUUAUUUUAAAGCCUUACAUAGUUUACUUGUUCUUCGUGUUUUUGUGAUUGUCUAGGAAUAUUGUAUAAUGUAUUAAUGUGUUAAUACUUGGAUUCAGAUGUGUUCAACUCAAAUAAGUGAAAUUCCCCACACUUGAUACUAAGAUCUUACUGAAAAACAUGAAUGCUAAGAUCCUGAUUAGUUUAUACUUUCUGGCAUGAAAAAAGCAAGAGAGCACAAUUCCUAAUAUGACUAACACAUCUUGCCAAAAUGUGCUGCUUCUAUUUACAUUGAUGUAUAUCUUCCCUCUUCAGAUAUCUGUUACUUCACCAUCAACUUCUGCUUUAGAGAGUCAGCCUGAUCCAAGACAUUCUGUUAAUGAUCAUCACUUUCACCUUAAGCAAAGUCAUGCCAACUUCUCAUUAAGCUUCCAAUAGUUUCUGUUUUUCAUAAACAAAGGACCGGACAUAUUAAGUAUACAUGGUAAACUAUGGAUUGUCACAAUGGGUAGCAUAUACAUGGUAGAGUUAAGUAGAUCUAGAAGUGUGCCAUUUGCAUAGAGUCCUCUCUGUUGUAAUUUAAUGCCAAAAUACAGUUGGAACAUGGUGUGGCAUAAUAACACAUUUCAUACUUCUCUCCACUCCGUGUGUGUGGAGGGGGGCAAAUUACUUCAGUUAGUUGUCUUGUACUGCUUAAACCACACAAACAUUUGUCCACAUGAUUCCCUAGAUGAGAAAUAUUGGAUUGACACUGCAAGUAACACCAGUUCUUAAGGAUGAACUCAUUUGGAGUUGUGCUAGAGAAGUUAAGCUGCUUUCUACUGUUACUGAUUGAAACAUGCACACAUUUCUAUCAAUUAAGAUUUUAUGAAACAUCAUGAUAUAAUUAAGUAAACUGGAUUGGCUCCAUCCAGACUUAGUCAUGUUGAGAGGAGACCUCUUAAGAUCAAGGUCUGCUGAUCAGAAGGUAGGUUCCAAAUAUGAUUACAUCUGGGUACAACUCAAUGACACCAAAAAAGAAAGAAAAAUGUCUGCACCAGCUUUGCUUUACACAUACUGAGAUUUUUACUUGGCAUAUAAAAUGAAGUGUCUGUGUAAACAUUGGUGGGUUACAGUACUACAGAGUAUACAUAGAUUCAUAACAUUACCUUUGAAAUUGUUGCUGAAAGUACUGGAACUAUUUUAUAGUGUGCAAUUCAGUUUUUAUAGACUUGAUCAGUAAAUCUGUUUGAAGUCCUGUUUUGCAAUACUAAAUUAAAGCUUAAUGGUCAGAAAUCUGUUAUGCUUCUGCAUAAAGCAAAUCAAAAGGUGUAAACUGCAGUGUGUCUUGGUUCAUGACUAGGAAAACUUUGACUUCUUAACUAGUGUCGAAUUUGCCACUGCAAUUUCCAGUGUUUGACUUAUACUGGUGUAAGCAAUUGGAUGCUGACUGUUUAUCCAAAAAUCUAUGUAGUUGAUAAUGUCAAAUUUCACACCAGUAUAUUUGCUUCAGCAUUCUUUACACCUAGAGAGUGUGCUAUAUUUUAAACAGCUAAUAACUUCCCUGCAGUGUUAUUUUCUAUUGUUUUUUUAUCCUUUGUUAAGUUAUAAAUGUAACAAACUUGGAGAUACCUUAACUGUUAUGUCUAUAGUGUUAAUUUUUUUCUAUUUUUAAAUGAAUAAAUAGCUUUCUAGUUUUUCAAAUUAAAAACUGCUCAAAUAUAGCUGAAAAAUUUUUAUUUCAAUCCAUACGAACCUUCAGAAAACAUUAAAUAUAAUUCAGGAUUUGUUUUCUUAUUUUAUUGAAAAAUACAGUUAUGUCACAUUUUUAUUCACAAAUCAGAAAAAUGAUAUAGGUGACUAUGUUGUACCUGCAUGAGAUGAACUAGAGCUGCAGCUGCUGCCUCUGUAAUCCAUGUGUGAAGUUCUGUGUAAGCUUUCUCCAGCCUAAUGCCUUCAAGAUAUUUUGAUUAGACCUUCUGUCAAUUUCCGCUACCAUGCCCAUUGACAGGAAAUGAUAGGGUUUAUAGUCCAGAACAUCUGGAGGGCACUAGGUUGGGGAAGGCUAUUCUUGUUUUUGGAUGGAAGCAGAUAUUUUCAGGCAACUUAAACAUUCACUGUAGGAUGAAUGAAGCUGUAUAAUAGUAAGUGGGAUUUCAUUAUGCAUGUAUGACAUUAUAUUUCAAAUUGUCCUUGUAAGGAAUAUGGGAUAAUUUGACUCAUUGUUUGGCUUGACAUGUCGAACACGCAGUUAUAUCCAGUUGAGAUUAUGCCAGAAUUUUACAAGUGUCUGCUUCAUGGUGUACUUAUCUGUAACUAUCUAGGAGAGUUUGCCAAUUAAUGUCUUUUUUUAAUCAACAGAAGAGAAAUAGGUUGCUGUACCUGGUAUUGCAGUAAAAUAUAAAAGGCUUCAAUAUCAUACAACUUUUACAGUUUGAGAAAUAGCAUAUUGCUAAUUUGUGAUGGCUAACCAGGAUAGCCACCUAGUGAUUGAGGUACAGGCUACAAAAUUACUGGUUUUUGGGUGGGGGAACCCUGUUUUAAAUUAAUAGGAUAAAACAAUAGUACUCAAGUAUAGGUUUUACACAACAAGACUUUUAGGAGGAUUUAAGUUGACCUUUUUUUGUCAAAAGUUAAGUACGGCUUCUAAAGAUUCUCUAAUGAUUAUACUAGAACUCUAGAUGGACGUUAAUAGUACAUCCUGCUAACAUCCAGUGUAACUUCUGCAGUUCCAAGUAUGAUCUGAUUCUAGUUCUGAGAUUUUUUCCCUAGAUUGCUAGUGAUAGUCUGAAUAAUUUCUUUAGUGCUAUAUGUUAAAAAAAUGCCGUUGACCAGAAGAGUUCUGCCAUCUUUGUGCAGGGAAGAAUGGAUUGGUGCUAAAAAGCAUUGUGAAGAGGGAGGCAGAGUCAAAUACAGACUUGAGGCCCUAUUCAGUCAUUAUUCACCAGGCUGCAGCCAAUACUACUAGGAGUCUCUUGCUCAAUCCCCUCUGCCAUUGUUUACUUCAUGUAAAGAGCUGGAGGAGAGAGGUUUCUGUUGCAGAGUGCCUGGCUGCACCCAAGAACAUGGGAAAGAUCAGUGACCUUGCUUGUGCAGAAUCUAUCUACAUGAACAAGAACUUCUUAUACGUUACUUUAUGUAUGAAGAAAGCAAUAACUGAGAGUGGGAGGGCUAAGUGAUACUGCUUGUAUCUUGGCUGUUUCAUGAUGAGUAAUGCCCAAGUAGGUCUUAGAAGACCUCUCAUUUCAGUCCAGGAACAAGCUGGGCAGACUUUAUAGUGUUCAUGACUUUGGGGGAACGCAGGGUGUUACUUGGAUCUUGCAACCUGAGAGCAGAAUGGAUACAGAUUGUCUGGCUUCUGGAUAAGCACUACCUCAAUCUGGUCUUGUUACUCUGGGAUAUUAAAGACUUCACAUUUGGAAGAAUUGAAUAUGGUGAAGGAUGUGUCACAUUAUUACAGAGUCUAAACCAGUCAAUGUGAAAUUUACACUUAACCAAAUAUUAACCUUAACUAACUACUUGUAUUCUUCCCCUUCUGUUAAGACUGGAUUAAUCCAAGGUUAGGUCUAAGUUUUUCCCAAUUGUUAAUCUUGUUUUAAAAUUUUGCUGAUCAUUGUACAUCAAGACAACUCAAUAAAGUCUAGCUUUUUACUA